AUGUCCAGCGACAUAUUUCCCAAGGUGGAGUAUCCACCCAUGAUAAAAGGAAGCUUGAGACUGAUGUUACAACUCAAAGAUGCAUUUUUGGCCUGUUUCAAUUUAGUCGAGGAAUAUCGUGAUCAGCUGCUUGCAUGUCAACGUGGUUUUGCACGAGAUCUUGUAGUUUAUCAGCUUACACAAGGACUGGCGGGAAUAAAUCGGCUACGCGAAGACCUAGCCAAUAUUGAAACCCAGGGUCAAGCUCGAAUGAAUCGCAAUUCUACUCUACGUCGUUACCUACUUGAACGCUAUUCUCUAACCGAUGGACAAGAUAUUCCAACUUCCGGGGUUGGAAUGGUGACGCGUUUGGGGCAGGACGAAGAUUCAGAUAUUAAUCGAUCGGGGACGGGGACAGCUGUUUUGGGAAACGCAAUUCCACCUCCAGUAUCGGCUCCUGAUUCCGUAGAAGCAGCACUGCAUGGUGGAUUGGAUAACUGCAUCGGAAAAGUAAAUGUGGAUAUACUCGACAUUCCAGAGGAGAUUGAUUUAGCCACAACAACAACCGAAAGUGGUGCACAUCUUCUCCCGGUGGUUGAUUUUUAUCGGGGUUUCUAUUUUCUUCAAAUGCACUUUCAAGUGAGUUUGUCGUUGGAAGAUUUCAAAUGUUGA